CCAACUUCCAAACGGUGCCCAGCUCGGCUCCCACCAGGCCACCACCGUCGCUCUCGGCGGCGGAGAGGAGAGAGGCGGAGAGAAAACAAGAGGAAGGAGAUGGCCGCCUAUUUCACGCUCAACACCGGGGCCCGCAUCCCCUCGGUGGGGCUCGGCACCUACAAGGCCGGCCCCGGCGUCGUCGGCGACGCGAUCGCCGCCGCCGUCAAGGCCGGGUACCGGCACAUCGACUGCGCGUCCCUGUACAACAACGAGAAGGAGAUUGGUGUUGCUCUGAAGAAAGUCUUCGCUGAUGGCGUCGUCAAGCGAGAAGACCUGUUCGUCACCUCCAAGAUAUGGUGCAGCGAUCUCGCACCCGAAGACGUUUCGCUGGCAAUCGACAGCACUCUGAAUGAUUUGCAGCUGGAUUAUCUUGAUCUGUACCUGAUUCACUGGCCCUUUCAGAUCAAGAAAGGCAGUGAAAUCAGCCGUGAGAACUUCAUCCAGUUCGACAUGCCCAAGACCUGGCAAGCAAUGGAGAAGCUGUACGAUUUUGGCAAAGCUCGCGCGGUCGGCGUGAGCAAUUUUACGACGAAGAAGUUGGCCGAUUUGCUUGCUUUAGCCCGUGUUCCUCCCGCCGUUAAUCAGGUGGAGUGCCACCCCGGCUGGCAACAAGCGAAACUCAGAUCGUUCUGCCACUCCACUGGAGUUCAUUUCUCUGCGUAUGCGCCGCUGGGCAGGAUGAAAGUCGUUGCAAAUAACCCGGUGGUGACAUCAAUAGCCGAGAGCUUGGGGAAGACUCCGGCGCAAGUUGCUCUACGGUGGGGGAUCCAACAGGGUCAGAGCGUGCUUCCUAAAAGUGCCAAUGAGUCAAGGUUGAAGGAGAACAUCGACCUGUUUGGUUGGUCUAUUCCUGAGGAACUGUGUGCCAAGUUUUCUGAAAUUGAACAGGUUAAGCAAAUCAGAAACGAUUCCUUCGUGCACCCUCAGGGUAUGUACAAAACAAUUGAGGAGCUCUGGGACGGUGAGAUAUGAAUGAAAAUCAUCGCCGGUAUGAAAUCGAAUCCGUGACCAGUGUAAUACUGAAGCUCGACAUUUCCAAAGCUUUCGACUCUGUGCGUUGGGACUACUUGCUAGACCUACUGCAACGCCGAGGAUUUCCGCCAAGAUGGAGAAGCUAGGUCACAACUUUACUAAGCACCGUCACAUCCAAGGUCCUCCUGAAUGGCACGUCGGGAGAGGACAUCUAGCAUGGCAGAGGCCUCCGAUAAGGGGACCUGCUAUCACCGUUUCUUUUCGUCCUAGCAAUCGACCCUCUGCAAAAAUUACUGCACCUUGCGACUAAAAAUAGGGCUAUGUUGAAACUAAGAGGUAAAAGUGCUCAGCUACGCCUAUCUUUAUA